CGGGGUCCUGAACUAUCGACAGUCUGCAGUCCUGAGUGAGAACAUUUCAACAGUAGUGAAGUUUGGGCGAACAUUACUAGCUUACUGGCCGCCCACAUACCGACACAGUAGCUGGCUACUGUAACACCGCUUUGUCUCUUUUUGACUUUUAGGCUUGCAGGCUUGACCAUGGAGACAGCCCGGGUGUUGCUGUGUGUCCUGUCCGUGUUUGUUGCUCUAGUUUCGGAGACGUUUAUGGUGCUGGCGUCCUUCUCUCAGUCUCUGGACAGCGACUUCACAUUUACUCUACCCGCCGGUCGAAAGGAGUGUUUCUACCAGACUAUGAAGAAAGGUGCCUCACUGGAAAUUGAAUAUCAGGUAUUAGAUGGUGCAGGUCUCGAUGUAGAUUUCUUCAUCUCCUCUCCUUCUGGCCAGAUACUGUUCAGUGACUAUCACAAGUCAGAUGGAGUGCACACCGUUGAAACUGAGGAUGGAGACUACAUGUUCUGCUUUGACAACACCUUCAGUACCGUCUCUGAGAAGAUCAUCUUCUUUGAGUUGAUCAUGGACAACAUGGAUGCAGAUGAGGACCCAGACGACUGGAAGGAGUAUGUCCAUGGAACAGACAUGUUGGACAUGAAGCUGGAAGACAUCAUGGACACCAUCAACAACGUGAAGUCUCGGCUGGGCAAAAGUGUGCAGAUCCAGACGGUGCUUCGAGCAUUCGAGGCUCGUGACAGGAACCUCCAGGAGAGUAACUUUGACAGGGUGAACUUUUGGUCGGUGAUCAAUCUCAUUACUAUGCUGUUGGUAUCAGCGGUUCAGGUCUACCUAGUCCGCUCGCUGUUCGAAGAUAAAAGGAAAAUUCGUACAUAACACCAUCCCAAAUGGGGGUGACAGAGAGAGAGAAACUAACAUGCUUCCUCACAAAUACCUUGAGGAUUAUUUCAGAAGAUCUCCUGACUCGAUGACACAUAUACAUAUACAUAUGCACACACACAGACGUUUUGACAUCCUUAACAACAAAUUAGCCACUGUUUUUGCUCUGGUCUUCAGUCCACUGGAGUCUGUGGGACAGUGGGAGUCCCUGGUGUGGGACAGGAACUGUCAGCCCCCUCUACUUGUCAACCUCUGUCUCUUUACUCGAAAAAGUCUCUGUCUCUCUUUAAAACUUGUAUAUUCUUUUAUAGAUCUCUUUAGCUGCUGUAAUUCUUCACAAAAAAGUGACAUAACAAUCAUGGUAAUGAUGUGACUAUUUUUCUAACAGAGCCUAAAGUUAUAAGGCCAGUGGCCAAUUGCAAAAAUGUCCUUUUUUUUCUUUGGACAUGUUUUUAUUUGAGUAUUAAGCUGAACUAGAUGAAGAAAUGGUAUGGUGUCUGAAGAAUUUGAUUUAUUUCUCCCAAACUGGAGUGGUGAGUGCAACCAAUCCAUCAACAUGUCUUCCCCACACAUUGUACUCUCAAAAAAUGAUCUUUGUGUGUUGCUGAGAUGCCUUAGUGUUUUGUAUUUGGCUGCCAGCCAUUUGCAAGUCUGUGAAGCCUUAAAAUAUUUCUCUCAUUGCCACGAACGCACAUUUAUGUUGUCAAUAGAUAUUCUGUCACAAAUGCCCCUUAAUGCCAAUACUGAAAAGUCAGGUGUUCAGGUAGCAAGACGCUGCUAAUGCUGCUCCUUGGCACCCAAGGGACAGUGGAGUAGGAGAAAUGGAAAUGGGUCAUCUCCAAAUCUCUUAAUGACUACUGUCCUACUUCUCUGCUGUGACUUGUGUGCUUGUGGUUUAAAUGGCAGCCAGCUCUGCUAACCCGCCGCUGUAAAGCCUCACUGCUGUCGGGUGUCUACUUACAGCCACCUAGUGUGUGAAGAUGUUGGGUCUGCUUGUCUCUCUGGUGACAGUCUAUUUCUAACUUUACUGACAUCUGGAAGGUCAUUACCACUGUUACAUUGGAGCACUGCUCAGUUUGAUAUGCCAUUCAUUGCCUUGGCUACAUCAGCAUUUUUUUAAAAAAAAAAAUGCUUGUAUCUGUAUUUGAUCUGAUAUUAACAUUUUAUCAGCCAACACUAUAAACUGCCCUCUAAUCAUUGCACUGCCUCUGAUGCCACAGAACAACAUUUUUUUUGUCUUCAUGUACUUAGGAUAAUUUAAUAUUUUGGGUUCAUCAAGGCCCACCAGAGAUGGGUCCACAACCUGUCCUCAUAUGUGUGUUAAGAAGCACUGAUCAAGAGAUUUUUCUCGUUGGCUGCUUGUGUAGUAUUAAGUUGAUACUGUGGCUUGUGAUUAUGGUUGCUGAGAGCAUUUUCGUAUAUUGGUAUUCACUGAACUCCACAGUUGAAACCUGGAUGAAAGCUCUGUGUUAAUGAAGAACAGUCGUGCCUGAAAAGUCACCUUGGUACAAUAAAUGAGUAGACAUUGGAGCCCUGCAGUGUGCGAGCUGUUUAUUUAUGUGUUUGAUUCAUGAUAGCUCCAUGUUGCCAUCUUCUGACGGGGCUUUGAAUUUGUCCUGUGCUGUAAGACAAAGAUCAUACAGUGAGUUCAUGCUUUUACAAAAACAGCCUUAUGUUGGAAGUGCUGUAAACCAAACUUUGAUCAGUCAAACUGUGUUAAAAUGAUACUGUUCAGCCAUAACAACAAACUGGAGUUUUGUGUGUCCCUGCAUAAUCACACAUAUAAGGAAAGGUCAACCUCUGCCUCAGUUUAAGUGCUUAUAGUUUCUCUGCCCAUCUGGUCUCACUGUGGUCUCCAGUGUUUAAAUGAUUGAAGUACUGUAUGUGGAGAUCCUGUAUAUCUCACAAGUGAUGGAUUAGUUAUAUGAAGUGAUAGCAGGGUUUUGAUUUAUCUUUUUAAGUGCUUUAAAGUUCUACAAAAAUAAAACCUACUACAUAUUUUAAAAAAGUAUUUCUGUGUUACUGAGUAGGAUUUUGACUACAGCCACACUGUCUUUGAAAAGUCAUGUUUACCACCCUGAUGGAGCUGUGCGGGAGAGGCAAUGGGACAUAAGAUAUUUAUUCAAUUUAUGUUGUUGUAGUUGUAAAUGUGUAUAAAUUAAACAAUAAUACCCUUUUCUGA